AUGGCAGUUGAUGUUCCCCGUUCUGUGAUAAAGAAAUUGGUUAUUGCAACUUUUUGUAUGAUAGCUUUGCCAUUAGUAACUUUCUUUAUUUCAAAUAGUUAUAUAUCCAACUCUAUAAUAUCUGGUGGUUUGGCAGCUUUAGUAGCCAAUGUUGUAUUAAUUGCAUUUAUUAUAGUUGCAUUUACCGAAGAUAUUAAGGUUGAGUCCAAUGAAAAAAAACAAGCUUAA